GAGCGAUAAGACGAUGACAUAAAUUCGCUGUAAUCAUAAUGCACAUUACACGGGUAUUCAGAGCGUAUUUUCCGGUAGUUCCUGCCCCGACUGUUCAAUCGCUGGAAGUUACAACAUACGAUGGGGUGUACCUCCUCAAAGUACGACGACGACUAUUUCCACGACAUCAACGAUGAAGAAGCCUGGGAGGACGACUUUGAUCAGGACGCAAAAGAGCAGUACACAGACGACCCUCAGAACUUGAACCUAAAGCACUACACGGUGGACUUCAGAACGUCAUCGGGGUCAAAUGACGUCAAGCCACGCCGUCCCGAAGUCCCCCCUGGUCAGAUGUGGACAGACAUGGACUUUACUCUCCCAAUAGCAAUAAAAGAAUACGAGAAGCUAAAACUGGAUUGGAAGAGACCGCAGGAAAUCGUUCGUAAUCCCGUUCUCUUUGCUGAUGGGACUUCAAGAUUCGACAUCAAACAACGGAGCUUUGGAACGUGUUGGUUCCUGUCCAUGAUGGCAAACCUUGGUGACAAGCCUGACCUCUGUAGGAAGGUGAUCAACGAGGAUUCGUACACUCCAAGAACUGACGGGAUCUGUCACUGUCGACUGUGGAGGUUCGGGGAGUGGGAGGACGUGUACAUGGACGACUACCUCCCCGUGUUUGCCGGCAGCAGGUGCUUGUACGGAGCACUAUCUGGGACGGACACCAACGAGAUGUGGGUCUCACUACUGGAGAAGGCACUGGCCAGGCUGCAUGGUUCGUACAACGUGGUGAGCGAUGAGGGUGGUUACCCUAGCGACGCCUACAUCACCCUGACAGGUGGCGUGGCAGAGAGAGUCAGCUUUAACUACGAUGAUCCUGACCCUACCGAGCUGUUCCGUCGUCUCAGGAACGCCCUUCGUACGGGCGCUUUGGUCACUUGUGCAGUUCCGUCCAAGUUCGAUGGCAAGGUGGGGCUGGUGGGAGGACAUGCCUAUUCCUUGACAGGAGCCUAUGUGGUGACCAGAAGUGACGGAGAGAAGGUUCCCUUAGUGAGGAUACGCAAUCCUCAUGGUACACACGAAUGGCAGGGGAAGUGGAGCGAUAGGAGCAGAGAGUGGGGGGAAUUGUCCGAGGGAAUCCAAAUACAAAGAAACAAAAACGACGGAGAGUUCUGGAUAAACUUGGAAGACUUUCUCCAUUAUUUUGACCAAACUACAAUUUGCUCGCUGACUCCAGAUUUUGACAUUGAUGGAAGAUCAGAUGGUCUCAAUCAUGUACUGAGGAUAUUCGGGGAGUGGCGAGGAGGAGUGGGCCAAGGGGGCACCUUAAGGGCUCGAGUCAGGAACCCCCGGUUUGCAUUUACAGUUCCAGAAGAAGGUUUAACAGAGGAUGGAUAUGUUCCUAUCGUUGUGCAGAUAAUACAGAAGGCUCACCACCUGGAUUAUGAAUCUAUACGCUGUGACUUAUACAAGGUGGUGAGGGGCAGUGAAAAGUCCAGGAUGCUCUACGUGGCCAGGAUGAGAGACACUGAAGCCAAGGAUUGUUAUUACCCCCGCCUGCAGUGCACGUUCCGAUACAGGUUGAAGCCAGGCCGGUACUUGGUUAUCCCCUCCACCUACCAGCGCGGCAUCACCAGGGAAUUCCUUCUCAGGGUCUUCUGCCCCUGUCCGGUGUACUAUUGCAGGAAUGUGCCCAGACGGAAACAAAUCAUGGUUGUAUCUAGGUACUGAAUCUAGCAUCAGGAGAGCAUUGGAUAUAAUACUACGGAUAAAGAGCACGAGGAAGAACAAUCUCAGGACCACUUGUAAAUGCUCCAUGAAGAGC